GAAUGGGGCGGCCUCAGGCCCAGCUAGAAGCCCCGGGAAAGGGCGGGCACAAUGUUGCCCCAGGCCCAGCUCCCACGCGUCGCAAGGCCCGGCUCCGCCGCCUACUCCCGUGGGGUCCAAGAUGGACAACUUCGAGUACAGCAUCCAACUGAGCGACCGAGACUGGGCCGAGUUUGCCUCGGCGGCGGACGAGUGCGCCUCGCUCCAAGCAGCACUGGCCUCUGGAGACGAGCCUCUGUCCAGUGACAUUGACCAAGGGGACAGCAGUGGCAGCAGCCCCCCCGCGCCCGGGGCAGGUUCUCCGUUCCAUGGUGUCCUCAUCACCCCGGAGGAGGGGGAAAUGGAUACGAGCUUGGUCAGCAGCUUUCGGUGUGAGCGCGGCCUGGCCCAAGGGGGUGAUCAGCAGACUCCACGCACGUCCACUUGGCCAGAGGGGCAGCUGCCGAGGGGCCCGGCCGCUCCCGCCCCCAGCCCGCCCCCUCCCCGCAGCAGCCGGCUAGAAGGGCUCGGGCCAGAGGCGGGCGGGGCAGGUGCCGCAGGCGGACCGGCUAUGCAGAGUGCUCCCCACCGGACCCAGGGGUCCCAAGUCCCUGCGCCACCCCCACCCCCCUCCCCGUGCAGCUCCGGAAAGGGCCCCCCUGCUGACGGCAGCCCUGGACCUUCUCCCCGGGGGCCCGGGAGGAAGAAGAAGAAGUCGGGAGGGAGCAAGGCAGGAGGCUCCCCCAAAUCUCAGGAUCCCAAGAGGCGCGGACCUCUCAGCCCUGCUCCCGAGGAUGCAGCCUCCAGGGAGCCUGCGCUGUUCCCCGCCGGCCAGGAUGCCACCUCCUCGCUGGACUCGACCCUUUCAGCUCUGCGAAGACCCAAGUCGUCCACACAGUUAUCCGUUUCUGAGCCUCCUCCAAACCUUACUACUGCUGCCCUUGAAGCCCAGGCUGGCUCCAGCUUAUCAUCACCAGUCUCCACAGAUGGGCUAAAACUGGGCCCAUCUACACCCACCUUUUCUGCAGGGGCAGACCAGUCUCAGACUACAACCUCCUCCGAAGAUGGGACAGAAUGGGAUGAACGGGAUCUGUCUACACCAGCCUCUAAGGAAGGGCCAGAACUGGUUCUGUCUACACCAACCUUCACAGCCAGACCAGAAGUGGACUUAUCUACACCCACCUCCACCCCUGGGCCAGAACAGAAUCAGUCUGCAUCCACCUCCAGUGCUAAACCAGAACUGGGUCUGUCUACACCUGCUUCCACAGAUGGGCUAGAACAGAAUCUGUCUACACCUGCCUCUACAGAUGGGCCAGAACAGAGUCCGUCUGCACCCAAUGCCACGACCGGGCUAGAACUGGAUCUGUCUACACGCAUCUCCACAGCUGGGCCAGAACCAGGCCUGUCUACACCUGUCUCCAUACCUGGGCCAGAACUGGAUCAGUCUACACCCACCUCCACGGCCAGACCAGAGCUGGAUCUUUCUACACCCACCUCCUCGGCCAGACCAGAACUGGAUCUGCCUCCACCCGUCUCCACAGCGGCAUCAGAAUUGGAUCUGUCUACACCCACCUCCACGGUCAAAUGGACUCUGCACCCAAUUACAGCAGGUCCGGUGGGUCAACAAAAUUUGACAUUGUCUCCUCGUGGCCCUCCAGCUAACCUGGGAUUACUCCCAUCUGUACCUCCUGCGGUCUUUAAACAGGAUUUGGACUCAUCCCCACCUCACUUAUUUCCUGAACAUCAUUCGGACUUGGCUCCACUUGCCCCAGGGGGCAAGCAGGAUGUGAACCAGAUGGCCGGAACUUUGUCAGUGUCGGAAACACCAGCACCCACCUCCAUCUCUGAGUUGCAUUUGGACCUGUCCAAACCUACCUCAAUGAACCUGUCUACACCUGCUCCUGUGGCUGAACCAUGGGGAAACCUGCCCACCCCGGCUUCGGCCUCCUGGCCGAGUUUGGCUCUGCCUACACCCACACCAGGGGAGAGGCAGGACGGGAACUGGCGGGUGUCCCGCGGGGAGUCCAGUGGGGAGCUCAGUGAGGGGGCCGACGGGGCGAUGCUGACCCCUAAACCCAGGGAGGAAAUCGCAGCCGCUCCAGACCGUCCCGGUGACCCUCUCUCAGAGCCCCCAAUGCCCCUGGCCAAAAGCCCCCGGAGAAAGAAAGUGAGGUUCUCUCUAGCUGAGGUCUUUCCGGGGGAGGGGUCGGUCCCGCCGGCCCCAGGAUCACCAGGUGCAGUGACCCCCAGGACGGCGGGGGCCCGGGGGGGUCCAGGGGCCUGGGAUGCGGUGGCGGUGUCUGGGCGAGGGGACCGUCCCAGAGCACGGCCCCCAAAGCUCCCGGCCCCGCCCUGGGCCCCAUCCUCAUCCUCAGCCCCCCGGGAUGCUUAUGCCGUGACACUGCCUGAAAUGUAUGACUUCUUUUUCUGCGACACGAUCCCCGAGGAGCCGGAGCCAGAGCCGGAGCCAGAAGCCCCGCCGACCCCGCCGGACAUGCAGUGGCCUGAAGUGUGCGAGUAUUUCUUCCGGGGGCCACGCGGCAGGGGCCCAAGGAGGCUGCGGAGCCCUCCGCCUCCCCCUCGGAGGUCGGGGUCGCCCCCGCCCCGUGGGCCACCAGUCCCCAUCUCCAUCCCAGAGGCCUACGAGCACUUUCUGGGAGAGGGGCCGGGCAGGGGUGAGGUGGGGGCUGGGGAUGCUAUGGGGGGGCCCGACCUCCGGCGCCGGCUCCAGGACCCCCACCCCAGACCCCCGCUGGCUGCAGCAGAACUGGACAUUGCCGUCGCCCCGCCAGGGAGGCCCCUGGUCCCCUUCACCCAGAACGACAUAUGUUUGGGAUUCAUGGCUUUCGCCACCUGGGCCGUGAGGACAUCAGACCUGCAUGCGCCGGACGCCUGGAAGACAGUGCUGCUGGCUAACAUCGGCACCGUGUCCGCCAUCCGCUACCUCCGGAGACAGGCACGCAAGGCACAGCCACCACAGUAGCCUCCGCCGGAGCUGGGCCAGUCAGCUGGAUGGAUGGACAGACAGCGCACCGGGGGACAGGCUGCCCAAACUCAGAGAUCAGAUGCCAGGAGGGUGGCUGUCCAGCUGGGAGAAGAUGGCAGUGGGGAGGCAGAGCUGAUCUUGUAGCCAGAAAUAAGGGGUCAGGGGGAGAGACUGUGGGCUCUAGUGGCCCGAGGCACAGUGACUGACUCGAAUGAGUGCCACCCCCUCCAUUCCUAGUCUGCACCCCAUUUUGUCCUUGCCCUGCCCCAACUCUGAACCCUUGUCUGGUCAGAAAGCAGGCUCAGGAAACCAGGUAGGUGCCACCAUCCCCAUCCCUUUGCCCCAUGGCCUCUUCUCAAGAGCCUGGAAGGGGGUGGGGGAAGAGAGGGUUCAGGGGGAUUUACUAUGGACAAUUCCCCUUCCCCAACCUUGGUUCUCACAGGAAACUCGCAGAGGAAGGGGAGUGUGAGGAGGGGGAGGGGAGUUCAGUGCUGUUUUGCUGCCAGAGGGGGACUCAGGGUGGGUGGAGGAAAAGGGAUACUGGCUAGGGCCAAACUGGGAAGGGAGGAAGACUUGGGCGGAGGUCUAAGCAGGUGUUUGGGAAAGAGAAGGGAAAAGAGGAGAAAGAGAAACUGGGAGAGGUCAGACAGGUAGGGAUGGAAAGGGGAAUUCAAGAGGGUUAGAGUGGGGCUGACUCAGGGAAGGCUUCCCGGAGGAGGUGGGCUGCAGCGGGGCUGUGAAGGAGCAAGAAGGCCAGGCAAGGCUGAGGGUGGAAUGGCCAAAAGCUUGGGAUUGGGGAGGGGCCAGAGUGAGGGGCUGACAUAGUAGGAGUCAUUCUCACCGCAUCUGUUCCCUCGGCCUGGGCUCACUACCCUGACCCCCUGUCGACCGCCCGGCUGUUCUGUGGACUGCAAACGUCACCCCUUUACACGGUGGGAGCAGCCUGAGCAGAGGCAGUUGACAGCCUCCCUCCCAUAGGACAGUAAACUUCAUUUUUCUAC